AAAAUGUAAAAGUACCGCAUGCAUUCUCGAUCGACAGUUCUUCGCGUAAACAUACAUACGAUAUUUGAUUACCAAUUUUUUAAAUGUAGGUUUGUGGUACUGUCAAAAUGGUUUUCAUUAUUUCAUCGGUCUUAAUCGGAAUAAUUUUGAAGUUGACCGGUGCAGCACCGGCAGUGCAGUACUACGCUAGUAAAUAUGACCAUAUCGAUGUGGAGGCGAUUUUAAAUAAUCGUAGGAUGGUUAAUUAUUAUUCGGCAUGUUUGUUGAAUAAAGGGCCGUGUCCACCAGAGGGAGUCGAUUUGAAACGAAUUCUUCCCGAGGCUCUUCAAACAAAUUGCAGUAGGUGCAGUGAAAAACAAGCCACAGUAGCCUUGCGUGCCAUAAAGCGACUGCGGAAAGAGUAUCCGAAAAUAUGGAGUCAAUUGACGGAACAAUGGGACCCCAAUGACGUUUUUGUUAGGAAGUUUGAAACGUCUUUUGGCAAAAAGAGCGGAAAACCCAGACCCAUUGAAGAAGCUUCCCCAGCAGCAACAAACAGCAUAAACAACUCGAUACCAGAUAAUAGAAAACCAGAAUUUUCGACGACAACAACCCAAGGAUUACCAUCAGCAAUUACAACAAAGAUUACUACAACAUCAUCUAAACCAUUUAUACCAUCAUCCUCAUCAAUACGGUCAUCAAUUUCACAAACAACUCUAAGGCCUUCAACAACAUUUAUAACACCAUCAUCCGUAAGGCCCUCAUCGCCAUCUGCAACGCCCCCAUCAACAUCUUCAAGGCCUUCAUCAACACCAUUCAGGCCAAUACCAAACCUUUUACCAAUCAACACAUUUUUCACUAAUCCACCUAUUCCGAUCAGGCCGAUAGUGAACCUAAACAUAGGGGCUACGGUGAAGGCUAUAAAACAAGUGGAGAAGGCGGUGGCUGAAGUUGCACUUGAGAAGAUCGGCUUUAUUAAAAAUAUGUUUUUAUUGCCAUGGAAAAGAGAUAGGAAUAAAUUUAAAUCCUUUUUUAACUAAUUAUAAGUAAACACUAUGUGUAUAAAUUGCAUUGGUUUUAAUAUUAAUCCAGGUACAUUUUUCUGUUUAUUAUUCAUGUACUCAUUAUUGUGAUAGUUGUGUAAUUUUAAUUAUUUAUUUUUUUAAAUAUUAAAAAAGCAUGUUAA